AUGGACAACUACCCUUCCCCCGAUUUUCGCGCGCAGCAUUUCCCGUCGCAUAGCGAGCCAAGAGUAUGGCUAAUCACCGCCGGAGAUUCGCCUAUUGGCAUCUCUGUCGCGCGGCAGGUCCUUGCGCAUGGUGAUUAUGUACUGCUGGGGCUUGCGCAUUCAGUUUUACAACGAGACCAGCGCCGUCGGGAUGGAUUCGAAGCUUUCUUGGCUGAGAUCGAGGAACACCGCGACGAAGGAUGGAAGGAGCGGAUGAAGGCGGUUCCUCUGGACAUAAGAAUGAUGGGUGAGUGCCAGGCGGUUGUCGCAGAAGCAGCGGCGACAUUUGGCCGGGUAGAUAUGCUUCUAUGCUGCACAAGUCAAGCUUUGAUUGGCACUGUCGAAGAGCUAUCGGCUUCAGCUCAAACCUUGAACCUUGUGCGCGACCAAUUCGAGAUCAACUACUUCGGUCCACUGAACAUAAUCAAAGCCGCCUUGCCACACAUGAGAAGAGAAUGUAGUGGCCAUGUCAUGAUCCUAUCAGGAAUCACGGCGCACAUCGGGACACCCGGCCUGGGAAUGUAUUGCGCAGCCGGCUGGGCCCUUGAAGGUUUCUGCGAUAGCCUCGCGUUCGAAGUCGCGCCCUUCAACAUCAAAGUCACCAUCUUUCAAUGCAGCAUCGAAAUCGGCAUCCUCACGAACCUCGUCACCAGCGUCCCACCCAUAUUCCCCGCUUAUUCACCAUCAAACAACAGCGCACCCCUCUUCCGUGGGAUUCUUAACCAUCUCGUCCCUCGACUCCCAGACGCCCAAUCAGAGGGCGUACAAAAUCAGUAUAGCUCUCCCGGGGAUGACGAUCCAGAGAACACGAGAGUCAGUUCAAUCGAGAGUGGCCCAUUUUCUGUCCCAGAGGUCGUCUCCAUGCACCCGCCACUAAGUUCCGCACACUUGGAGGUUCUGGUGUCUGAAACUGUCUAUGCCAUCACAUCUAUUGGCGGGCAUGAAAAUCCGCCGUCCCGUCAUAUUGUAGGGCAGGAAGGUGUUGCUAGUGUCAAAGAAAAAUUAAAGACCGUGAGCGAAGAGUUGGAGGAUUUUAUUCAAGCUAGUUAUGCGGUGGAUGUUGCGGCGGACUCGGAUAUACCGCCAAUUGGAUGA